AUGGCCAAGUCACCGGCGAGGCCGUCGACGACGGCGCUGUCGUCGUUGCCUUCAAUUAAGCCGAAGGAUUACGCCCAUAGCCCCGUCCACUACGCGGUCGCUGUGGGCGACCACAACACCCUCUCCAGGCUCGUCUCCACGCUGCCUCGCCUCUGCGACGUGUCCCAGAUCCAGACGGAAGCCGACUCCCUCGCCCAAGAGCAGCUCGCCGAGCAGAUCUCCUCCGCCGUCGACCGCCGCGACGUCCCCUUCCGCGAGACCCCGCUCCACCUCGCCGUCCGCCUCAACGAUCCCGCAGCCGCCCGCACCCUCGCAGAAGCCGGCGCCGAUGUGUCCCUUCAUAACUCCGCCGGGUGGAACCCGCUCCAGGAGGCCAUGUGUAGGCGCUACUCCGAGGUCGCUCGCAUACUCGUGCGGCACCACCACGGGUCCGCCUGGAAGAAGUGGCGCCGCCGCCUCCCGAGGCUUAUCGCUGUCCUCCGCCGCAUGCGGGACUUCUACAUGGAGAUCUCGUUCCAUUUCGAGAGCUCCGUCAUCCCGUUCUUGAGCAAAAUCGCCCCCUCCGACACGUACAAGAUCUGGAAGCGCGAUGGCAACCUCCGGGCGGACACUUCCCUCGCCGGCUUCGACGGCAUGAAGAUCAAGCGCGCCGAUCAGAGCUUCCUCUUCCUCGGCGAGGGAGAUGCUAGCAAGGACAUCCCCAUCGGUUCCCUCCUGGUCCUCAACCGCGAUAGUCGCAAAGUCUACAACGUAUUCGAGAAUGCCGGAGCCCCGAUGAGCGAUUCGGAGGCCGCGAGAUACUCUUUGGAGACGAGCUUCCACCGGCCGGGAAUGGACGUCACGAGAGCGGAGCUCGUUGGGCGGACCAACUGGAGGCGACACGACAAGACAGAGCACGUCGGGGAGUGGAAGGCCAGGGUUUACGAUAUUCACAAUGUGGUGUUUAGCAUGAAGUCCCGAGAGGUUGUGAGUCCGGAGAGCGACGUUGCGGGCAGCGAGCAGGUGCUGCCGCUGGAGCUCGAUGAAGACGAGGACGGAUUCCUCGUGGCAGAGAACCCCAGCUUCGGGCUCCCUCCUCCGGAUGCGCGGAGGCACAGCAGCUUCGUUCGCGAAGAAAGCAGACACAGCAAUGCCCACAUGAGCGCGGGGAGAAAGAGCGUGGACAUACCCUUCAGUGCGGCCCCCCCUCGGCCCAGGAGUAAUCGGGGCUUGACAACGCCGAUGCCGCAGACGAAGGAAACGGAGGUGGUGAGGAACCUGCGGCCUUCCGUCUGGCUAACGGAGCAGUUCCCAUUGAAGACGGAGGAGCUGCUGCCGCUGCUCGAUAUCCUGGCCAACAAAGUGAAGGCCGUGCGGCGGAUGCGGGAGAUGCUCACCACAAAGUUCCCGCCGGGGACUUUUCCGGUGAAGGUAGCAAUUCCAGUGGUCCCGACUGUUCGAGUAGUGAUAACCUUCACGAAGUUCAUGGACCUGCAGCCGAUUGAACAGUUCUACACCCCGUUCUCAAGUCCCAUACAUUUCCUCAGUGGAGGGAGAGGAGCUGAGGAAGAGGAGGAUUUUCCGUCGUCACGCCCUCCAUCAUCAUCGUCUUCAUAUUCGGCAAUGCCCUCAUGGGCUAAAAAGACGAGCAAGGAGCAGCAGAAGUUGUCUUCUGUUGUGAAUCAGUGCGAUACCUUUGCCAUUCCUGAUGGGUACACUUUCACACCCAUCGAUGAGAAGUUGCGUAAGAUGAAGAAGUCGAAAUCCGUGAGGAAGUCCAAGUAGUUGAAGUACAUCGGAAACAGAAGUAGAAUCCAAAGGAAGAGGAAAUCUCUCCAUUAUAGCCGCCCGGGUUUUUCUGUGCCCGAACGCCGGCUGAGGAAACAGAAGUAGGGCGGAAUAGGGGAGGAGUGUGUUUUUGUUUUGUCAAUAGAUCAAUCUAGGUUUCUCGCACACAGGCAUGCGAAGAUGUAGAUAUUGCAUUGAUUUGUAUUUUUGAUUUUUUUCUUUUUUAGUGUGGCCGACCCUUCUCAAGUGGUAGGCGGAUUCGGUGCCCUUUUGAACUUGCAGCAGCAGUUCACACCAUUAAAUUAAAUGACUAACCGUGGUUCAAUGAAGAGCAGAUCUUGUUGCA